CUUUGAGCCUGUUUAGUAUAAAACUUCAAGGGAUAGUGAGGAGAAAAAACCCAAUUAGGGGAAAAGGAAAAUGGAGUUUAAGAACAGUACCAUCAUAUUGUUAAUGUUGCUUCUCUUGAUCCAUUUGUCUCUGCCACAUUUCACCGAGUCAAUUCCUCGAUGCAAGGCAUGGUUGGUCCAAUCAAUCCCUACAGAUAUGCCUCAUCUCCAUCGGGUCCCUGGUGUCCUUUCCACUGGUGAUGUAUUUAAGUGGUUGGCGUACAAUUCAACUGCCAAGCUAGAUAUAAUAGCUCACUAUUGGCAGUUGAAAGCACAACCAAAGGAUUAUCAGUCAGGGGAUUAUGGAUAUUUGAAAGAUGAUAUGCGUCGUUUUGGUGCCCAUCAAGGCUUUUCUGUAUAUACAGCCCUGCAAAAUGCUGCUGAUCGAGAUGUCGAUAUCAGGUUGAUACAUCACUCUGGAGUGUAUCCUGACUACACCAGAGAGCCCUCCAGCCUUGCUUCAAGAAGAGCAAAUGUCAAGAGUGUGACUUUAUUACUUGAUAAAUGGUGGGGUUCGGGCAUCAUUCACGCAAAAGUUUGGAUAUCAGAUAACCGGGAUGUAUAUAUAGGAUCUGCAAACAAUGACUGGAAAUCUCUUACUCAGGUGAAGGAACUUGGAAUUUAUCUUGUUGGUUGUCCAAAAGUAGCCAGAAAGGUUGGCGUCUUCUUUCAGAAUCUAUGGAGACUUGCAUAUCUUGAUGUCUCAGAAUUCACAUCAACAAUAUUAGACCCGAAAUGGCAGAUUCAAAGAAAACUUCCCUGCUGGUCUCAUUUCAUUGAAUCUGACAUGAGAUGCACGCCUCGACUUCCACGUUUUGUGGAGAUUCCUUAUGCGGCUGGCUACCCUUCAUUAUCGGACCCUAAAAUAUUGAAAUUGAUCAUCGAUGCUCCUGGAUAUGGUUAUAAAAGUUCAGUGCCUCAGUCCAACUAUCUGUCUUUUGCUCCACCUGAACUUGCAUUUGGCAGGUUCCAGCCCGAUGAACAGGGAUGGCUAGAUACAAUUAAAUCGGUGGGAGAUGGAGGCACUGUGAGGAUUAGUACCAUGGACUGGCUCGGCCAAUCCCGAUACACAGAGCAAACAGUUUAUUGGUCAUCUCUUUCUAGUGCUAUUUCGGAGGUUGUCUUCUCCAAGCAUGCAAAAGUGAAGAUACUUGUAGCAUAUUGGUCACAUUUUACCGAAAAUACCGAGCUCUACCUGAAGUCACUUCUCUACUGCAAUGACCUCUGCCAUUCUUCCGAGGACAAUAAAUGUUCAGGAAAUAUUGAGGUAAAGUACUACAAGGUUCCAGGUUACAACUUGACUGGACCGGCCAUCCACAAAAGAAAGCCUACUGGAAAUAUCUAUCCGGCCUACACCAGAUUCAAUCAUGGCAAGUAUGCAGUUAGUGAUGUGCGUGCUCACAUUGGUACCAGCGAUAUGGUUUGGGAUUAUUUCUAUACAACAGCCGGAGUUAGCUUCGGGACGUAUGCCCCUGCCAUUGUUUCACAGCUUCAAGAAAUCUUCAAUGCAGAUUGGAACUCGCCCUAUGCAGUUCCAGUCGAGGAGACAAGCAACGGCCAUGCUUAUUCUAGUUAAUACUCAUUGGACCAACCUAGUUCGAAACUGUGAAAUCAAUGUCUUGUAAACAGAUUACAUUUUGCUGUAUUUUAUCCCAGAAAAUUUUAAAAGCAUAAUCAAAUAUAAUUAUUACUUUCA